CAAUUAAGAAGCGCAGGAAAGGUUAUGGGCGGAAGCGCCGACCUAUCAAGCUGUUUGACACCGGAAGAGGAUGGACCUAAGAUGACGGCGCCCAGGGGCUCUGGGAACAGCCACUCAUGUCUGUGAACGGAGCUGUGUGGGGCCGCGUGCGAAGCCGCCUCCGCGCCUUCCCCGAGCGGCUGGCCGCCUGCGGGGCCGAGGCCGCGGCGUACGGCAGGUGCGUGCAGGCCUCCACGGCCCCAGGCGGCAGCCUAAGCAAGGACCUCUGCGCGCGGGAGUUCGAGGCCCUGCGGAGCUGCUUCGCCGCCGCGGUAGGUUUGAGCGCCUGCCGCGUGCUUUAGACGCCGGCUGACCAAACCACCGAGCCACGGACGAGCCCGCGAAACCUCGGCCGUCCCGGGUUUGUCCCUGCGUGUUUGUAAACCGGGACUGGCACCAACCUCAGAAAGGAUGGGAAAUGUGUGCACUAAAGCGCCUGGUAAAACGCGUAAGCUUUCAUGUUAGCACUGCCGCCGAGGGGUGUCAGGCCAGGAUCGACCCAACACAGGACUCCCAGAAAGUGCCCAGCGCCUUCCGGGUCUUCAUCCCCCUUCACUUGCAGCCCGCCCCGUGCAGCUGCAGUGGAUUCCUUCAGCGCCUGUCCUGCCGGGCACCCCCAGCCACCCUCACAACUGGCACCAUAGGGCUUCAAGUCAUUCUGAGGCUGGUUCCCUAAGUGUCAGCCUCUCUGGGUACCACCUCAGUGUAUCUGGGGUAGGCCGUGAUGCCAGUGCUGACUCUUGUUUACUGGGAGCUAUUAAUCCGCAGAUUUGGACCAGAGAAAGGGUAGUUGAACAAGAGCUCCAUGGCCUUCAUAGCUACCCGGCCCUAGCAGCCUUGGAUCCAGGGGUGGGUAACUCAUCAGAAGUUGCACUUUUUGCCGGGUAUGGUGGCGCAUGCCUGUAAUCCUACCACUUUGGGAGGCUGAGGCGGGUGAAUUGCUUCAGCCUAGAAGUUUGAGACCAGCCUGGGCAACAUACGGAGACCCUGUCUCUAC